AGUGCAAAAUCAAAAGUGCUUUCGGACAUACAAGACAAUCUUCUUACCUAUACUACCAGAUCAUAUGCUUGUAAUUAUUGCUGACUGAUUAUGAAUGAUAGGAUUGUUAGAAUGGCUGCUUCUCUAUUGCUUCUGUGUCUUUUCUGCCUGGGAUCAGCAAAGGCUGGGAAGUUAUUAGUAGUUCCUUCAGAUGGCAGCCACUGGACAGGCAUGAGGCCUUUGGUGGAGGAGCUUGGCCGUAGAGGAAACCAGGUGGUGGUCGUCAUCCCAGAAGCAAGUCUGAGCAUGGGUCCAUCAGAACACACCACCACUCUGACAUAUCCUGUACCCUACACCAAAACCCAGCUACAAGAGCAAGUGAAUGCAGGUGUUACUACUCUGACAAGUACAGAUUUAUCUACAGAUCUGGCCAGGUUUCAGAGUUUCAUCAACACUAUGGAUCUGCUUAAUGUUCUUAUAACCCGGAACGCUGAGGGUUUGCUAUCCAACAAAACUUUGAUGAAGAAACUGCAAGACUACAACUUUGAUGCUAUUCUCACAGAUCCAUUUGAGCCUGUUGGACCUAUAGCUGGUGAAUAUCUCUCAAUUCCAGCCAUUUAUAUACAAACAAGCCAUCCCUGUGGUGUCGACGCUCUUGCCAGUCAAUGUCCAAUUCCAGCUUCUUAUGUUCCACAACCUUUAACUCAAUUUACUGACCGCAUGAAUCUUUGGCAAAGAAGUGUGAACUUGGUAAGGACUCUGUUUCAGCCCAUGGCUUGCAGAAGUAUGUUUGCUCGUGCAGAUGAGAUCGCCUCACAUGUACUGCAGAGAAAAACAUAGAUG